AUGUCCACAAUUCCUGAACUCUACAACGAAAAGUGCCAUUGUGCUGGAUGUAGUCAGAACGAUCUCGGCUAUAGUUUUGUUGCCAGAAGAACUGCUCAACGUCAUAACAAAAGGGCAAGACUAAAUGCCAUAAGAUGUGAAAGGGACAUGUCUACCCAAAGAAAUAUGAUGGAGGUCGAUGAUGAACCUAUCUUAACCCAUCAACCCGGAGCCCUGGAAGAAUCGUACACUCAGACAAACUCACCUGUUUGGGAAGGAGCUUCAAUGUCUGACACUGAAGACGUUUCCGUUACUAAUGACGCGAUCAGCAAUGGCGACAAUGAUGACAGUGGAAGCAACAGCAAUGAAAUCAGUGAAGACGAAAGCGAAGACGAUGUUAUUGAGCUCGACGACAAUGAAUUGAAUAGUGAAGACCCUUUUGCCACCCCCGAUAUGCCCCAGAACCCAGUGCACAGGUUCAUUGCUACUUUUGUGGUGAUGUUCGCUUCCCGCUAUGUGGUUGACAAGGGCGCCGUUGUCUUGAUCGAGUUCAUCAACAAGCUUUUGACAAUUUACGAGCAGGAUUUCCAACUGCCCUUGAGCCUUCCUGGUCUUCAGCGCAUGACAGGUUUCUCAGCCAUGACCAAAGGCAUAAAGAAAUUUGUUGUGUGUCAGGAUUGUCACAAGGUGUACGAAGAAAGUGCAUCUGUCCCGUCUCAUUGCGAUUUCGUAAAGCUUGGUGUACGCUCGUCUUGCAACUGCCAAUUGACGAAAACAUCAGCAUCGGUACGUGGAACGAUCAUCGAUCCCAUGCAUAAUUUAUUCCUGGGAACGCCUAAAAGAUUGAUGGAUCGUUGGAUCAAAGACGAAGACAUUCAAGAUGGCGAUUUUGCGGCAAUGCAGAAGACUGCAGAAACGAUGAUUGUGCCUGGUGGAUACACCUCUUUGAACUCGAAAAUAGGAAAGCAGUUUUCGUAUAUGAAGGCAGACGAGUGGAAGUCAUGGGUGCUCGUAUACUCGCCAGUUCUGUUGAAAGAUGUUCUUGCAAAAGACAGAUUCGAAAACUGGAUUAACUUUGUUGAUGCAUGCCGCCUGUUGAUCAAGCCAACGAUCACGUUCGAUGAAGUCAACACUGCCCAUCAGUUUCUUCAAACUUUUUGCACCAGAUGUGACGAGCUGUACAACGCCGAAAUCCUCACCUGUAAUAUGCACCUACACCUCCAUCUUCGAGAUACAAUUCGUGAUUUUGGACCAGUGUACGGUUAUUGGCUAUUCGGGUUCGAGCGGUUUAACGGGUUGUUAAAAAAUUUGAAGACAAACAGGAAGAUCGGGUUUGAAGAAACAUUUAUGAAGAAAUUUAUUGAAGAUGUGCACAAAGACGAUCUUGUCAACAGUUUCCUUCAGAGUACCCGUCAGACAUCUGCAUUUCCUCUCCUUACCAAACUCACUUCUUCCUUUACACCCGCCACCAUUCCAUCCAUCCGUCAACGUACCUUCCGCAUACAGUCAUUUGUCGAGGCUUCUGAAGAUCCAAAUGUACUUGUAAAAGGCAACGAACCUCUCCCUCCUUCCGCAUUCCCUCUAUCAUUAAAAUCCGCUACCACAAUGAGUGAUAUUCACUAUGUUCAUCUCUUACAAUACUACAAAGUUGCGUACAACAAUGAACAAUUAGUUCACUUUCAACAAGCGUCGGAAUCACCAUACUUUGUCGACAAUACAAUCACCCUGUUGAAAUACAUCAACAUCCUUGGGCAGGUCUACAAGGGUAAAGGUGAAUCUGGAAGUCGUGGCUCUCUUGUACAAGCAAAGUUCAUUGGAAGUACUGGUGAGCAUAUCAUCGCAUACACGGGUCAAAUACAGUACAUUUUCACCCAUUCUUUCACUCCUCCACCCACCUCUUCAUCCCUUACUCCCUUGCUCCGCACCCAUCGCCGCCCAACACAACUUCUUCACAAUUCUCAACAUACUUUUGCAUUUAUCAAAUGGUACACACCCGAAAAUGAUAAAUCGCGAGAGUACGAACACGUUGAAACCUGCUUUCCAACAUUUUCUCCUGACGAUUUCCAAUGUGUAUUGCCAGUGCAUAGAAUUAUGUUAGAAGUAGCAACUGCUGAGCACACAACACGCAGAAAAGUAAAAAAGAUGCUGGUCAUUCCUUUGCCAAAAAAACAAUACAUUUAA